AUGUAUGACAUAGGAGGAUUCGAGCUGGCAAAAUCGGUCACAAACUCAGCAGAAUUGAUGCAGUUGAUUCCAGAGGAUAGACGGGCAAAGUCUGUGAAGGAGCUGGAUUUAGACAUCUCAGGAGGAGAGAUUGGCACCCAGGAGAGAGUCCUUGGUGUAAGCUGGGAAAUUCAAGAUGACAGCUUCAUGUUCAAGACAAGGAAGAAAGACAGGCCUUUGACAAGACGAGGCCUCCUAGGACAUAUUGCAUCGCUGUUCGAUCCAGAGGGCAGCAUUGCCCCGGUAACGUUGAAACCUAAACAGAUCUUGCAGAGGAAUACCAGAAAUGGGAGUGGAUGGGAUGAUCCGCUGGUACCAGGGGAUGCUGAGGAGAUAGAAAGGUGGCUGGAGUCCAUCUCAAAGCUGUCUGAAGUUAAGAGACCGCGCUACAUUGUCCCAAAAGGAUUCGGAGAGAUCAAGUCAAGACAGCUACAUGUAAUGUCCGAUGGAUCGGAAUCGGGAUACGGCUACGUACUGUUCGCUUAUCAUGUCAACAGUGAAGGAAAGAUUCAUGUCAGCUUUGUAUUGGCCAAGACGCUAGUAACACCGGCGAAGAAGAAGACAAUACCUCGAAUAGAAUUGCAGGCAGCCCUUCUAUCGAUGGGAGCGAUCAGAUUCGUCGUGAAUGAGUCGGAUGUGCACUGGGACUCGAUCUAUCAGUGGGUCGAUAGCACCGCUGUGCUAGCUAUGCUAAAAAAUCAUAGCAGAAGAUUUAAACCUUACUGCGCCAACCGGUUACAAGAAAUCAGAGACACGGCAGAGGAACUAAAAGUCAACAUGAGACAUGUCCCAGGUACAAUGAAUAUUGCAGACAUAUGCAGUAGAGGACUCGACAUGGACAAGUUUUUUGAGUAUGGACAGUUCUACAAUGGACCAGAGUUUUUAUGGGGUCCACCAGAGGCAUGGCCAGUAUGUCCAGCUAUGGAGGAGCUUCCAGAUGAUUACCCUGAGUUCAAGAGGGAUGUGACAGUUGCAGCAGUAGAGAGGAUGGACAUAGCUGAGGACCAGGAUGGGACAUUCAUGAAAAUGGUCGAGCCUCACUCCGAUUGGACCAAGUUGAGGUUGUCGACUGCAUGGUUGCUGCGAUUCAAGACGUGGUGCCUACAGACGAAGUGUGGGAAGCGAAUCCAGGAGUACACAGGACUGAAGGGACCGAUAACAGUCAAGGAGAUUACGAGUGCUGAAAUAGCAAUUGUCUCUUACGUGCAGCAAUCAGUCUACAAGGAGGAGAUAGGCAAGAUUGGAAAGGUGGGACCAAAAAUGAAGAAAACGCAGCUGCACAAAUUACAGCCAUUUGUGGACGGAGCUGGCUCACUCAGAGUCGGAGGACGACUAACGGAGAGUAACCUACCUUACUCGGAGAAGCAUCAACUGAUCUUGCCUCAGAAACACCAUCUGUCUGUAGUAGUGGCUCGGUAUUAUCACGUUGCUUUCACUCAUGCACCACCGAGGACACUACUGUACCUGCUGAGAAAGCGUUACUGGAUAAUACAUGGGACGCAGCUAGCACACAUGACACAGGAAAGAUGCAUCACGUGCAUCAGGUCAUUGGCAAAUCCCAAGGAACAGUUGCAAGGAGUAUUACCAAAGGGAAGAGUGGCAUCAGGAAACCUAUGGUUUGAGACAGGUUGCUGA